CUCCUCCUCUCCCCCGUCACGAUGAGGGACCUGUGCUGGACGGCGUUGCUGGUGGUGGCGGUGGUGGGCGGCGCGAGGGCGUACGACCAGCCCUCCUGCGACGGCCGCCAGACCAUCGUCCACCUGUUCGAGUGGAAGUGGACGGACAUCGCCGCCGAGUGCGAGAGGUUCCUUGGGCCGGCCGGUUUCUGCGGCGUCCAGGUAUCGCCCCCCAUGGAGCACAUCGUCUCAGCCGGCGACGGGUUCCCUUGGUGGCAGCGAUACCAACCCGUCUCGUACAAGCUGGAGUCGAGGUCGGGCAACGAGGCUCAGUUCACGGACAUGGUGCAACGGUGCAACGCGGUGGGAGUCAGGAUCAUCGUGGACGCCGUCGUGAACCACAUGACGGGGCUGGGGCGCGUCGGGCCGGGGUCGGGCGGGUCCGACUUCAACGCCGACAGCCUCGACUUCCCCGGCGUGCCCUUCUCCAGCAUGGACUUCACGCCCAGGGACCACUGCCCUUCCAGCAACGGAAUGAUCAACAACUACAACGACCCCAACGAGGUGCGCAACUGCUACCUGGUGGGGCUGACCGACCUCUACGGCGCCAAGGAUUACGUCAGGCAGAAAGUCGCUGAGUAUUUCAACCACCUCAUUGACAUCGGCGUUAUGGGUUUCCGUGUGGACGCUGCGAAACACAUGUGGCCCGCGGACCUCGAAGCCAUCCAGGGCCUGACGAAGGACCUGAGCACGGCCGCCGGGUUCCCCAGCGGGCGGCGCCCCUUCUUCUUCCACGAGGUCAUCGACCAGGGGGGGGAGCCUAUCACGGUGCAGGAGUACUUCGGCGUCGCCUAAGGAAUAUACCAUGGGUGUCUGCUUCUCCCUCGCCCAUGACUACGGAUUCAUGCGCAUCAUGAGUAGCUACUACUUCGACAACAGCGAUCAGGGUCCGCCAGGCAGCAGCUACGGAGGCACGGAUGACGUCCCCAUCAACGGCGACGGAACCUGCGGCGGCGGGUGGGUCUGCGAGCACCGCUGGAACGCCAUCACGCAGAUGGUCAAGUUCAGGAACGCUGUGGCGGGCACGCAGAUCGCCAACUGGUUCCAGGAGGGCGACAACGUGGCCUUCUCCCGAGGCGAUAGGGGCUUCUUUGCCAUGUCCAAGUACGGCUCCUUCGACCGUACGCUCCAGACGGGCAUGCCCGCGGGUACCUACUGUGAGCUGAUCAGCGGCUGUGCCAAUCAGGUCACGGUGAACGGCGACGGAACAGCACAGAUCUCCAUCAACAAUUCCGAUGAACCGAUCUUCGCCAUCUGUGUCGGAUGCGACGGAAACGGCCCCACCGUCGACCCCAAUCAGCCCACGACGACCCCGGGUCCCACCAAGCCGCCCAUCACCUCGGGCACAGCCAGGACCGUCGUCUUCAUCCACAAGCAGACCAACCCCGGCCAGGACCUCUUCAUAAGGGGCGGCAUCGACUCGGCCCAUCGCCCAGGCUGCAGCGAGAACGCGGACACCGACGCAUGCGCCAUCGACAUCAUCCCCAGCAGCCUCGGCACGGACAGCCACUACGCCAAGUACGACGCGUGGCGCGAAGGCGACACCAAGCUGGACUGGUUCGGCGCCCAGGCGGGGCAGGGCAGCUACAUGGGCGCGGCGGCCUCGGGCUCGCCGCUCGCUUGGACCACCAACCAGGCCGGGGGCGCAGGCCACCAGGACCUCAACACCUUUGGCGAGCACUACUGGAUGAUUGACAUGGAGAUGGACUGCGGCCAGACUGAAGACGGCUGGUUCGAGUUGAAAGGCUACCUGACCAGCGCCGGUUCGGGCUGGGAGUCAGACAUCAACCAGGUGAGCUCGUGCAAGGGAAGCGCGGGCGGCUCCAAGCCCUACGCGUCCAGCAACCACAUGGGGAAGUGCGGCUUCCUCAACGUCUUCGAGUUCUCGGGCUCCUCGUGCCAGAUCGACGUUCUGCCGUGAGUCCCCGCUAUGUCCUUCGCUGCAUGUGGUGGCGAUUUUCACCUGGGAAUAACCUUUAGAUGCCCCUUUGAAUAAAAAUGUGUGGGAAUGGUU